AUGUGGACGUCUCUUUUGGAACUUAAAACUAGUCAGAUCUCGAGGAACCGGCGAGUUGCUCCAAGGGUACUCCAGAACAAGGGAAGGAAAGCAAAGUCCGGAGCUACUAGGAAGGACGCUGAAGCGACGAAAAGCCCACAUGUGGACGUCUCGUUCAGAGCCAUGCAAUACAAGAAAUCCCGAGCGACAAUCUUAACACUCGAUAGGAACAGUAUGAAUGCAAGAGAAGAGAAGGAAUUGAUGAAAGGGCAGGCUGCAAGCCUAUCACAGCUGCAGUUUUAUAGAUCUAGCCAGGCCAGCGAGCACGAAAUGAGACCGGAUUCGAGAGACUUCUUAAGAGUCCCCACUUGUCACAGUUCAGUCGAACCCGACAGUGGCUCUGGGGUCACAGCUCCGAGGGGAGGGGCGGGGGGAUGUUUAUGUAUCGCGUUCACAGCAAAGACCUCCUUAGAGUCCCCACUUGUUGCGGUUCAGUCGAUCCCGACAGUGGCUCUGGGGCCGAAGCUUCACAGGGAUACAAUCUCUUUAGAGUCCCCACUUGUUGCGGUUCAGUUGAACCCAACAGUGGCUCUGGGAUCCGAAACUCCAACGCGACUUAGGGCGAAGACUUCUUAAAGAGUCCCCACUUGCUGUGGUUCAGUUG